UUCUAUUUGCUCACACAUUGUUGCUCGUGAUAUUGUAUAUGGGGCUGGCUGUGUAGACCUAUACCAUUUCUCGUAAAAUCGGUAAUUGACGUAGCUCGUAGCUGGCACCAUGGUCACUCGACGAAUAUUCGAACUCGAAGGGGCGGUUCUUUUGAUAUUUGCUGCAUCGCUCCCUUUCGCCCAUCCGCAGUGUGAAACAGAUUGCAGGGGCCUUAUUCCUGGAGAUAUUACGCUAGGGUUUCUCUUUCCAUUCUAUUCUGCGAGUGCAAACGGAUUUUCAUGUGGAACUGGCAUCUCAGACUAUCAGAACAUUCAGUUACUGGAAGCUGCCAUUCAUACAAUCAACAAUGAUGCUUCAUCAGCCACAAAUGGAAUCAAAAUUGGUUUGGAGGCUUGGGAUACCUGCAAUUCUAGACAGGUUGCUGUGGAGAGAACGAUGGAAUACCUUGGUGAUAGAACACCUACCAGACAAACAAACACGCAACAAUGUGAUAAUGCUGCAUUCAAACCAAUCGUAAUUGGGCAUCUGGUCAACGAAGGUCCAGCCGUUGGCUCUCUGCUGACCGAUGCUAGGGUCCCUUCCAUCAGUUACACUGCUACUCAAGCUUCACUGACCUUUGAUCCUGAGUAUUCCUUCUUCUCUCGGAACAUCCCUUCGGACGAUGAUAUUGCAAGGGUAUUGGUGGACAUUUUAAAGCGAAGGGGUUGGUCUUACAUUGCCAUGGUGAUGUCAGAUAAUGCAGGAGAGAGGUCAGCCGGUGAGACGUUUCUGGACGUGGCAGAAUCCAAUGGUAUCUGCGUGGCUGUUCAGAGCACGAUACCUGAGGGAACCACCGAUGCGAACGUAUUCAGUCAGAUCUUGAGUGACAUAGGGGCCAAACCUAAUGUCAAGGUUGUGGUUCUGUUCACAUCGUCGGACCUUGCGCAAGGACUCUAUGCUGCUGCUGAUGGAGCGAAUACGGCACAGUUUCAGUGGGUUCUUGGACAUAGGGCUCUCCUAGAUCCCUCCAGCCUUGACCAGUUCCCGAUGGUCACCAGAGGGGCCUUCGGUGUCCUUCCGGAGAGUUACUCCCCUAUGACCGUCUUCAACUCGAACUUUGAUAAUUACUUCAGGGCUCUCUCGCCAGACACUGUCAACGCCACUGCAGAUCCUUGGUUUGCUGAAGUUUAUCAGGAAUCUCUAGGCUGUAAUAUAGGUUCACCAAGUGGCGGCAGGCCACAGUGCGGACCCACACAAGCCCAGCAGUUUGUCGACAGCUACACCAGAAACCCCUACUAUCAGGGCGUCAAAGAAGCCGUUGAGACAGCGACAUCGGCAGUUCGUCAGAUGCAGACUUCAAAGUGCCCGGGAAUGAUGGGCGUCUGCGGACAGCUAUUGGCUGCGACGCCCCAGGAAUGGCUGGAGACGCUUAGACUGGUCAGCGUGGGCGGCGAGCAGGUUUUCAGACAGGACGGGAGCGCAGCUAACACCGUGAUUAAUAUCUAUCACAUGGAAAUGUCCGGUGCCGGGUACUCGCUGCAAAAUGUUGGUUCGUGGGAGGAUGAUGUACUGACCUAUGCACCGGGCUCUUCCGAUUUGUGGUCAGGGGUUGCCGACCCGCCUGUGACGUCAGCGUGUGAGGUACCGUGCCUCGAUGAAGCCUGCAGUUCGGUAUCCACAGAAGCAAAGAAGGUGUAUGUGGGAGGCGAUAUCAUCUUAGGCGGACUCUUCUCUGUCCAUUCCUGGAACGAAACUACUCGGUCGUGCGGGAGAGUUCGCCGCGAGGGCGUCCUUCGUCUUGAAGCCAUGCUGUACGCUCUGGAUCAAAUUAAUGCUGGCGGAAAUCUUCUACCUGCCAUUUCUCUUGGAAUGGAUGGCUUUGAUACUUGCUCUAAUAACAGAGUAGCAGGAGAAGCAGCCCAGCAGUUCAUCGUAGAAGCCGAUUUUGGAGCCAGCGGGUCGGGUAAGAGAACAAGCCAAGAGGGGUACGACGAGCUGGUCUACGGCGUCAUCGGUCCGGAGAGCGACGAGGAAGUCGCAACUGUCAAUCGCAUCCUGUCCUUCUACGGGCUCCCCCUCAUAGCGUACAAUUCCUUUAGCAGUCAGCUCUCCAAUGGCCAGAAUUUCCCAAACUUUGCGCGCAUGACCCCCAACUCCUACGCGGGCACCGUGCCGUUGGCUAGGGCUCUUGGUGUGAGAGGUGUCCAGUAUGUCCAGGUGCUCUACACCAACGCCUUCUCUUCUGCCAGGUCUGUCUUCACCAGCGUAGGUAGACAGAACUCUCUCUGUGUAGCACAAUCCAUAUCCAUCAGCACUAGCACCAAUUGGGAAGAUACAUUCAAUAAACUAGCAGCUAAAUCAGAGGCAAAGUUCAUUGUACUUUUAGCGGAACCAUCUCUGAUCCGGACCUUCCUAUCUGAGCUGUCAUCCAGGAACCUCGUGGGACAGUAUUACCUGGUGGGUGAGGUCAUGUUUCCCUUGGACGAGUAUCUUCAGAAUGAUGUAAAUAUAAUAAGGGGCCUUACCCAAGUUGGCAGGAAAAGGCCGACUUACCCGCCGGCCUUUGAGACCUACCUGAUGAGCCUGCGGCCAGAGACCAACACUAGGAACCCGUGGUUUGCCGAAUUCUGGAUGGAGCAUUUCCAGUGUAGACUCGGAUCAUCUACUGCUGCAUAUCCUACACCAUGUACAGGUAAUGAAGCGCUCUCCAUUGAGGACCUCUACGAUGCAACAGUCGCUGACGUGGUGGACGCAACGUACACCAUGGCGAGAUCUCUUCACGACCUCCAGCAAGAGAAGUGCCCCUCCUCCAACCAGAUCUGUGCGGAUCUUGUCGCCAGUGAGGGCAGCGAGCUGUUCCGGAAAAUCACCCGGCAGACGUUUACAAGUCCGUUCGGCCAAGAGCUUAUUCGUUUCAAUUCCAUCGGAGACGUGGUGACCAACUUCUAUAUCUACAACUACCAGGUGUCAGGGUCGACUCUGGAUCCUGUCCAAAUUGCCACAUAUCUUUCCUAUGCCUUCACCAGUACAGAAGAGAGUUUCAUCGUGUAUAAUGAGAAUGGGCAGCCUAUCACGGACCCAACGACACAGUGUACGGGGGUAUGUGAUGAAUGUAACAGGAUUGAUAGAGGUCUGACGGCUUAUAUACAAGGAGAUAUCUGGAUAGGAGGUUUCUUUGGUAUUUCUGAGGUCGCCGAUGACCAGUAUACUUGCACAGGCCGUGUUGAUACGUACAACAUGCAACUUCUAGAGGCUUUCCUGUACACCGUGGAUUUGAUCAACGAUGAUAACACCAUUCUUCCAAACUUCCGGCUGGGUGCGGUUGGAUUCGAUACCUGUGGAAGUGACGAGAAAGCACGAAGAGAGGUGUCCAACUAUGUGGGUGGAACCGUUGAGUACAGGAAUGGAUACUUCCCAACCAAAGCUAGCGUUGCUGGGAUAAUAGGUGGGCAGACUAGCGAUACGUCAUUGGCGAUUGCAGAGGUGCUGAAUAGUCUGAUGGUCAACCAGAUAAGCUACGGAGCCUCCUCCACGGAAUUGAGCAACGAUGAAGAAUAUCCGUAUUUCCUACGCACGCUAGCUUCCGACACCUAUCUAGCAAGUGCCCUGGUGGAUCUGAUUUCAAGGUUUGGCUGGUUUUACGUGUCCGUGGUGUAUUCUGAUAACGCUUAUGGGAAUGACAUUUAUUCGGAAUUCAGAGAGCAUGCGAGGAGUGGGGGAAUCUGUGUUGCCAUGGCUCUUGGUGUUCCUGCAACGGGGGUGGUGAACUACCCCAGCAUCGUCUCGUCCUUGAUGUCUAAUCCUCAGUCGAAGGUGGUUGUCCUUUUGACUUCAGCUGGCCAUACCAAAGGUGUUUUGGAAGCUGCAGAAGCUGCGGAAGCCUUUGACUUGCAGUGGAUUGGUGGUGACACCUGGGGCAAUCGCCAGGAUAUCACUGCAAAUGCCAACAGGGUUGCUCGAGGAACGCUUAUUGUGGACCUGCAAGAUACUGCAGUACCGGCAUUCGAAACGUACUUUGAUCGGCACUCCAGUUACAGCAACCACCGCAACCCUUGGUGGCAGGACUAUGUGAUGGAAACCUUCCAAUGUCAGAUCAGCGGGAAACCAUACCAAUUUGAUACCCCCUGUCCGGUCCAGCUGGAUUUCAGUGACAAGUUUACACAGGCACCGGAAGUGGAAUAUAUCAUCAACGCUGUCUUGGCUUUUGCAGUCGGACUGGAUGAGGCCAUCAAGAACCUUUGUCCUGAUUUGGAAGAGUAUGAAACUUGCGAUGACAUCUUCAGCAAUCCUCAGCUCAUUCAUGAUCAUAUUAGAAGGGCCAGCUUCAUAGGUGCAGAUGGGAGCCAGUUCAUGUUUACAGAACAAGGAGAUGGUCAACCUCGCUAUGAUAUCAUCAAUCUUGAUGACAGUCUCAGCUUCAAUAUGGUUGGAAUGUGGGAAUCCGGUAACCUUGUGAUAUCGCAGGAUGUUCAGUUCUACAAUGAUGCAGCCGUACUUGACAGUGUCCAGAGCAACUGCACCGGUCGUUGUGCGGAAUGCUCCCAAGCCACAGCUCCUCGACCGACGGUCAUCCAGCGAGGCGGCGAGCUCCAGAUCGCAGCUCUGUUCGCUGCGCACAAUCAGCCGCAGGAUAUCAGUACGGAGUGUGGGUCUCUGCGCAUCGACGGUGUCGUCGAUGCCGAAGCCAUGCUGUAUGCCAUCAACGAGAUUAAUUCGGAUGACAGUAUUCUACCUGGUGUCACCCUCGGUACAACCACGUUGGACACAUGCCAAAGUGCCAGCCGCAGUGUUAGUGAACUCUCCUCGUUCUUGAGUGGUGCGUUGACUGAGUCUCAUCAGCCAUGGUUCCAGAUUGCUGCAGUAGUGAGUGGAGGUAGACCUGACCUGGUUUCCAAUACAGCAAUGGUCUCAGGGGAAUAUCAAUAUACUCAGAUAUCAUUUUCCUCUGUGAACACCCCGUCUUCCAAUCUGAUUAGUAUAACACCAAGCUACAAUGACAAAGCAAAUGCUCUUGUCAGUCUUCUAACGUACCACUCAUGGAGCUACGUUGGUGCCCUCUUUGACGGCCAGGACAGGCAACAGCGUGCACUGUUUAAUACAUUCCUUGAAGUGUCUUAUGGUGCUGACAUCUGCAUAGGCCAUUCUGCAGCAAUGACUGCUAACAACCAACUGUCUAUUCUUCAAGAGAUUGAAGCUAACGCAAACCUCAAUGCUAUAGUGGUCUUUGCAAGUGCUGUUCAAGCUAAAGCUCUUCUUGACAUAAAGAAAACUCUAGGUGGAAGACGGCUCACCUUCGUCCUGGCGUUCCCACAAGAAUACCCGGCUGAGGAUAUCACCGAGAGCUUUGCGGGUUCCUUGGCCCUGUUUACACCGUCACCUCCUGCAGCGUUCCAGCAGUACUUCACCUCCCUUGAUGCGAGUGAUGAGGGCAUCAGUCCUUGGUUUGUAGAAUACCUGGAGGACAAGUACAAGUGUGAUAUCGAUGACAAUGGGAAUUACAUCAACCCAUGCCCUGGAACCAUCAGCGCGUCUCCUGACGAUGUCUUAGAGUACGGAAGUACUUCAUCGGAUGUCAUUGAUGCUGUCAGGGCAGUAGCGCAAGGGACGCAUAAUCUCCUGAGGCAGUUCUGCGGUGAUGACUACAAUGGUUUAUGUGUCAGCUUCCUUGAGGCAAUUGCAAACCCUCGCACCUUGCAGGAUGCUAUUGCCAAUGUGUCUUUCACUGGAGUCGAUGGUCAACUGGUCACUCUGAAUGGAGGAGUGAGAGCCGGUCAGUUUGAUGUCUGGAACGGUCAGCAGAAUGGUCAAACUACCAGUUUCAGUAAGGUUGGUAGCUGGAAUCGAGUUGGGUUGAUGAUGAACACGAAUGAUGUGCAGCUCUUUGACGCCAACUCAGCUCCUGGUCCCGCACAAUCCGAGUGUAGUCCUGGUUUGUCUUGUGAAGACACCUGCUCGGUUCCACCCACAACACCGCCCCCAAUCACACGUGGACCGCUUCCUCCUAUACGACCGGGACCGACCCAAUCCCCGACAACACCCAACCGCACCAAUGCUAUACCCUUCUCGAUGAUCGGUAGUGUUCAGUUCUAUAUCCUGGUUGCCAUUGCAGCCGUAGGAGCGUUCAUUGCUGCUGUCAUGAUCGUUGUUGUGAUAUCAAGAUGGAGCAACCCUGUGGCUUGCGGUAUCUCCUCCUUCCUUCAUCUCACACUCCUUCUUGGUAUCCUCCUCCUCUUCAUCUUGGUCCCGAUCAACUCCUCCCCCGUAUCCGCUUCCGUCUGCGCCCUCCAGCGGGUCAUCACCGGUGUGGCCUUCGGCUUCUGCCACGUCUCCAUCUUCCUGCUGAUCGUCAGGCUCUACCGGAUCGGCGUCCGAGAGCGGCGCAUCGCCGGCAAUAGGGCCUCUUUCAUAAACAACGGGAGCCAGGCGAUGAUUUUCCUUGUUUUCAUCUCAAUCGAGGUGGUAUUCCUGGUGCAGUGGUUGGUUCAGCAACCGCCUAUGGAGUUCGUCUACUCUACAAUGGCAGGUGGAGAGACCGUUGCAGCCUACUGUGGACACACGUCAAAGGAUACUGCUCUGAGUCUUCUGUAUAUCUAUCUCUUGAUGGUUGUAUCCCUGGUCAUCGCUGUACAGGCCUGGUGCUCCAUCAAGGUCAUCUUCACCAAAGAGUUUUCUGUUUUCAUCGCGACCAUUGCACUUUGCCUGUGCGUGAUGGUUGCAUGGAUCAUCGCUGCCGUCAUGGUCGAUCCCAUCUACGGCUCUCUGGUGUCCAGCAUCAACGCCAUCGUCCAGGCCUUCGUUCUCCUAUUCAUCCUGGUCCUUCCCAAAGCCAAGCUCCUGUGUACAGGGAAACACGACGAGUUCUGGGAAUCGGCCAGCGUCACGUCCAGCGAGUACGGUGGAAAUCAUAGACAAUCGGGAGAUUUUGAUGGGAUUGAGAAUUACCCCUCUGCGGCCAGCGUCGACAAUGAAUACGAGGUUCCUGUUAAUAACAUGCAUGACAACCCAGCGUUCGAAAGCACUCUUCCGGAUAAAUCCAUGGACCUCGCUCGUCUCUGAGGGGGGUGAUAUGCAUGAAAUUAUUCACAAGAUAUAUGUUGCAACUUUACAAUAGAUGAGAUCAGUAAUCAAUCCCAUAUAUCCAAUUAAUUUGCAAAAGAUAUGAUAGACUUUGGGAACAGAUACAUUUGCAAUUGAUAACUGAUCUUUCUUUCUUCCUUUCUUUCUUUCGUCCUUCCUUCCUUUUCAAAUGUAUGUAUUCUGAUGUUUUUUUAUUACAACAUCAAAGACACAUGAUCAAAAUGUAUAUUUCUAUUAUCCUGAAUAUCUGAAAUAUAUAUUACUAUUCAAGUUUUUUUCAAUACUUUUUGAGAAUGGAUUUUUUUCCAUGUAUCAAUAUAUACCAAUGCUCAUGCUUAAAGCUGAGAUCUACCAAUCUUAAACACUUUUAUAAAAAUUAUUCCAUGUUAUUCACAGGGUUACUCAUAAAUGCAAGGAGAGUUUUCUGCUACGUGAAAUUGAGCCUUUUUUUCUUGCAGAUAUACAUUCUUUGUUUUCAGAUUUAGAAUGUAAAGUAAAUAAUCAUUUUUCGCCUAAUUCACCAAACGAGUUAAUUUCUUCUGAGGUGAUAUGAAUGUUAUGUGCUAUCUUCUCUCAAUGUUGCUAACCUGGGGAAGAUAUAUCCAUCCAAAAAGGGAUAGUUUUUACCAUCAUCUUAACAAACAUUGCUUAUUUUCUAACCGUUGAUCUUUGUAACUGAAUGUAUAGUACUCAGAAAAAGUGAGCUAGGGCAUUCUUCAUGGAAAUUCAGGGUCAUUUUAUCUUGUAAUAUAUGUUUUUAUUAUAAGUAUAUUCCUGCUGUACAAUAUUUCAUAGCAGGGUAUAUCUUCAUAAACAUAUUUUUGUUGAAAUAAAUGAAUAUUGAAAGAAGUGGGCUAGCUACCCCCCACAACCUUACAAUAUUUAUAAUUUAAGAAAUUCCAGGAAAUUUGAAAAGUGUUAUUCAUAUUUCCAGACUUUGGUAGAAGAAAUAGGCCUUAACAAUGUGUGUCGUACAUCUAUUAUUGAUGUCACAUUUGAAGUUAUUUGUGUGUUUUUUUUUCAAAUGUUCAGUUUAUAAAAAUUAUGUAUAAAUGUAGAAGUAAUAUAUAUAUAUUUUUUAAUCCAGUUAGAAAAUAGUGUUGAUUUACAUAGUUAUCUACUGAAAUAGAAGUCUAUUUUUUAUCAUCAUCAUCGUCAUUAUCUUUAUAUUAUUAUUAUUAUCAUUUAGUAUUACUGUGCCAGUAUAGAAGAAAAUAUUGUAUUUUUCAUAUUUUGUGUAGAGAUUCAACAGUACUAAGCCUAAGUUGAAAUAAUCGGUGUAAUUUUCUUACAUUUAUAUGGACAACUCAAUUAAAUAUUAAAGACAUCCUGUCGAUCCUAUCAAA